GUCUGGGGGCACAGCUGGUUGAUCCGCCUCGUACGAUCACGCCACUACUGUCAGCCAACGCGCGCGCGCCGCGCUGGGCCGGUCGGCGGGGCCGGGCAGGUGGCCGAGCGCCGACCAGCCGCCGCGACCAGUCAGUGCGCGCCGUCCGGCAGGAGCCCAGCCGCCGCGCCCGCUCCGCCGACCCACAAUGACCGUGCCCGUGACCCGCCUGCUGGCCGCCGCGCUGCUGCUGAUCACCCUGCACCUGCACUCCGCCCAGGGUCAGGCAGCGGUCUGCUCGUCCAUUCAGUUCGCCUGCGCCAACAAGCGCUGUAUUCCCAGCUCAUGGGUGUGUGACGGCGAGAACGACUGUCUGGACGGCUCUGACGAGGAUAAGGCCCACUGUGGAGCCAAACCGGUCGAGUGUGACGACACCCAGUUCAAGUGCGGCAACGGUCGCUGCAUCAUCAAACGCUGGCAGUGUGACGGUGAUGAUGACUGCGAGGACGGUAGUGACGAGGACCCCCAGCUCUGUGCGGCGCGGCAGUGCGGCGCCGAGCAGUUUCGCUGCGGCGCCGCGGACGGUGUGGUCCAGUGCGUGCCUGCCUCUUGGCGCUGCGACGGCCAGGCAGACUGUGAGGACGGCGCCGACGAGCUCGGCUGCUCCCAGACGUGUCCAGCCGACCAGUUUACCUGCGGUGACGGCCGCUGUAUCAACCAGCGCUGGGUGUGCGACCGAGAGAACGACUGUGAGGACGGCUCCGACGAGCAGGACUGCAAGCCGACCACCUGCAGCCCCGAUUCCCAGUUCACCUGUGCCAGCGGAGAGUGCAUCAACCUGAGCGCGCGCUGCGACGGUGACCGCGACUGCCACGACGGAAGCGAUGAGAAGGACUGCAUCCUGGACGAUCACUCUGUGCCCAGCAGCGUAUGCACACCGGGGGAGGUACUCUGUGACGACCAGAUCACCUGUAUUCACCGCAGCUGGAUGUGUGACGGCGCUCAGGACUGUCCACAUGGCUCCGACGAGGAUCCCGCCAAGUGCACCCCGCCGGUAUGCCGGGACGGGGAGUUCCAGUGCGGCGGCGUGUCCGAGUGUAUCGCCAGGAAGCUCGUCUGUAACGGUGCCGCCGACUGCCGCGACGCCAGCGACGAGGCCAACUGCACGGUGACCCCGCCCUGCGACCCGGACCAGCAGUUCAGCUGUGCCAACGGUCGCUGUGUGCAGAUCGAGCAGGCGUGUGACGGCUCAGACGACUGCGGCGAUGGCUCGGAUGAGAGCGAUCUGUGCCAGCUCAAUGAGUGCUCGCAGAAUAAUGGCGGCUGCAGUCACGGCUGCCGCAACCAGCCGGUCGGGCACAAGUGCUACUGCCCCAGCGGAUACCGGCUCAUGGAUGACCAGCGCACCUGUGACGAUAUUGACGAGUGCCAGAUCCCCGGGUCGUGCAGCCAGACCUGCAUCAACACCAAGGGCUCGUACAAGUGCGAGUGCCUCGAGGGAUACAUGCGUGAUCCGGCCGACCACACGUUCUGCAAGGCGGUGGAAGUGCACGCAUCACUACUGCUCACUCACAUGACCGAUAUCCGGAAGGUGGGCCUGUACCAGCGUGAGAUCACCGAAAUUGUCAACAACACCCGUGUGGCGACGGCCGUCGACUACGAGUUCCGCACCGGCAUGGUGUUCUGGUCGGACCUCAGCGACAACCGCAUCUACAAAGCGCCGAUUGACGAGGGAGCGGAGCGGACGGUGGUCGUGCGGAAUGUGAACGCCGAGGGUCUGGCCGUCGACUGGCUCUACCGCCACCUCUACUGGAUUCACGUGGAGAAGGACAACCACCGCAUCGAGGUGUCCGACCUGGACGGCAACUACCGCGCCACACUCAUCAGCAAGGACCUGAUGAAGCCCCGCUCUAUCGCUGUCGAGCCCAUCGAAGGCUGGAUGUUCUGGUGCGACUGGGGCGAGAACCCGCGGAUCGAGCGCGCCGGCAUGGACGGCAGCCGUCGUCAGGUCGUGGCCGACACGCGCCUCCAGUGGCCCAACGACGUCACGCUAGACCUGGUGAAGCGCCGCGUCUACUGGGUGGACGCCAAGCUGAAGCUGAUCGAGAGCGCCGACCUGGACGGAGCGAACAGGCGCAUCAUCAUCAGCAGCGGGAACACGCUCGACCAUCCGUUCGCCAUCACCACAUUCGAGGACUCUAUCUUCUGGAGCGACUGGAACAAGAUGAGCCUCUUCAAGGCUAACAAGUUCACCGGCUCGGCUGUCACCAGCGUGGCUCCCACCGGCAAGGUUCAGUUCCCGCUGGUUGUGCGCGUGUACCACCCGUACCGUCAGCCGAACGGCACCAACCACUGUCUACCCAUCAACGGACAGUGCUCGCACCUCUGUCUGCCGGCGCCGGCGAGCGACGAGCAGGGCGGCCGACGGACGGGCUGCGCGUGCCCGGCCGGUCUGCGACUGACCCAGGAUGGUCUCACCUGCACCGAGAGAGGAACGCAUGACAGGUCUGGGAACAACGGAAAAGAGCCGCACUCGUUUGGCAUGCUUAGGACCGUCUCUCCCCUGGCCACACUGGAUGUUACCCAUCCAAACGCCACCGCCCUCGCCGUUCAGUCUCACUCCGAAUUCGCCCAUCUGCAGGCGCAAUCCACGGUUUAUCCCGAGGCGCGAUUCACUAUUCUAAGCCAUAUCGGCGGCACCUCUUCUCCCGCUGACCACAUGAUACCGUCAGCGUCAGACGUUGCGCUUGCCUCCUCCAUUCCUCCCUCCUUCCAAAAUCCUGACCCUUUACUUUCUCCCACGGAAGGUCCGCCCACCUCCUCCAUUCCUUCAUUAUCCACAUUUUCUCAUCCUCUUUUACCAACUUCAGAAGAUGCGUCUGUCUCCCCCAUUUCCCCAUCCUCUUCAGUCUUGGUCUCUGCGACAUCUGAGUCGCAAUCGUCACCGUCUGUGGAUAGUAUCUCCGUAUCCACCGUAGUAAACGCCACCGCACCACACCUCCACUCUGACACCUCCGCGUCCGUCACCGACCUUCCCACGCAGCUGUGGGGCUUCCGUCCCCCGGCCCCACGUCCUCGCGCCGCUAUAUCGGGAGAGGUGUCCGGCUCACCCCCUGACGACAGCGGAGAGAGCACCGUGGGCCUUCCUGCACAAACGCAACCGGCGCCGGCAGACAGCGACGGUGUGAAGACCAUCGGCGCGCCCAAGGUCACCUCCCACCCGCGGCAGACGGCACCCGAUGGCGGGUCGUCAUCCGCCUUCCAGGAGUCCGCCUCGGAUGGCGUCAUCGCCGGCGUUGUCAUCGGCGGCAUCGCCUUCCUCUUCAUCGUCGUGGCCGGGCUCCUUUACAUGAUGUACCGUAUGGACCCGAGUCGGUUCCGUGGCUUCCGUAACAUCGAUAACCCCAUCUAUAAAAAGACGACCGUGGACGGAAUCAAGUUGGAAAAGUCGCGGAGUCCCGCUCAUGCUGGAAGGGGCAAUGAGGAGAGCAUGCAGCCGCUCAACAGCCGACCGCAGCACGUGGUCUGAACACCGGCCCACCUCCUUCUGUGAUACGCCCACGCACCUGGGGCCGAGGGCCGCCCGCCCGCCCGCCCGCCUCAGCCUCAGUCUCAGCCUCAGCCAUGUCUAGUCCACGCGCUUGCCGCUAGUGGCGCUAGUGUCGCCGCUGGCACCGGGUCGCGGUCCUCCCGAGCCGCUCACCGUGUGGUGUGACGCACGAAGGACCACUCCUGGGCCAAUCAAGCACGUGUCUCUGUGGUGGGGCUGGCGGCGCUGGGCGUCGCCAUACUGCGCUGGACCGCACGCUGUUCCCGCACCAGGGUCCAACUCAGUGGGCGGCCCGUGAGACGCGAGAAGGCGGCUCGUGAGACGCGCAGGCGCCUCGCCGACAGUCAGUGACUCUUGCGGACGGCGCCAGGGCGGUGCGACCUAACGGCGAAAAAGGGAGGGGCUUUAAACUGUAUCGUGCUCAGUACGGUCCUGUGUCGGCGCCAAAAGGAAUAUCCUUAUUAUAAUGUCUUCCCUUGGCUCAACAGGGGCAGACUCGUGCAUGCAGAACUAUUUAUUUGCUCCCCGCACUCUAGCUGCUUGUUCUCGGUUGAUAUUUUGCAUGCGCAGCGGAGCGGCGACCGACUGGCCGACCGAUAGUACGUUGUUAGGCCUAUAAUUGAUAGGAACCAGGUCAUUGUGAUACGGCGAGGUCGGCGGCGCCGUCGUUUUUCGACGUCGCUGGCCGGCGGCAGUGCGGUAGACCCACUGGUCUCGUGCGUGUUCGUGUUUGUCUGCGUGUGUGCGCGUGUCGGUGUGCGUGCGUGCGUCUCGUGCCACGGCUCGCGAUAUUAUUGUGUUCGAUGGUGUCCUGCGGCCGAUUUGCCCGUGUCCUAGGGUGUGUUGUGUAGGUCGCCGGCGGCAGCAAGGGCUGGUCGACAGAGCUUUCGCUAUGCUAGUUGUUUGAGUUUGAGAGCGCGCGAACGACGACCGAGUGGCGCGACGGAUCCCAUAUUUAUUUUGUACAUAUCGAUUAGCAUGUGUGCGAAACUGUCAUUAAAGAGGUCAACUCGGCCGUGCCCCGAGGCUAUGUCACCGCGCGCUUCAUAUAUUUGGGCUUCGGCCGCCAUCCCCGUCUGACCGUCACUAACCAGUGGCCGGCCAGAAACCGGAAAUAGACACCAUUUUUGAAGA